UACGUAGCUGCUUUUUGUAAUCGUUCGUAUUAUAGCUCAGUAGUUGUAAUCCGUUGCUGUCAACCUGCCGCAACUUCGUGUGUUUACUACUCACUAAUCUGUUAUGUUAUAUAAAUGAUACGGUAGUAGUCUCCGAUAAUGAAGUAAAAAUAGCGUUAAAUAUUGCUUUAUUUUUUAUUUCGUGCUGAUUGGUCUCUAGUCCAGACAUUCAUUGCCUGUUUUUUUUACGACUGGGGAGUGGGGUUGCAGUCUGGCCUCUAGCCGCGGCUGCGAAUUAGCUGAAUCUUUUCUCAAUAUCGUCCUGCAUUGAAACAUGUUUAUUUUAUAAAUAUGAUGGUGAGGGGGACUCUGUAAACUAAAUGACUGUCAGAAAUAUCGCCUCCAUUUGUAAUAUGGGCACCAAUGCCUCUGCUCUGGAGAAAGACAUUGGUCCGGAGCAGUUCCCAAUCAACGAACACUACUUUGGAUUGGUCAAUUUUGGGAACACAUGUUACUGUAACUCGGUGCUUCAGGCCCUGUACUUCUGCCGGCCCUUCCGGGAGAACGUGCUGGCCUAUAAGGCCCAGCAGAAGAAGAAGGAGAACCUGCUCACGUGUCUGGCAGACCUCUUCCACAGCAUCACCACCCAGAAGAAAAAGGUGGGAGUCAUCCCGCCCAAGAAGUUCAUCUCACGCCUGCGCAAGGAGAAUGACCUGUUUGAUAACUACAUGCAGCAGGACGCCCAUGAGUUCCUCAACUACCUGCUGAACACGGUGGCAGACAUCCUGCAGGAGGAGAAGAAGCUGAACACGGUGGCAGACAUCCUGCAGGAGGAGAAGAAGCUGAACACGGUGGCAGACAUCCUGCAGGAGGAGAAGCAGAACGGACGCCUCAAGAACAACGGAACGGCAGUCACCACGGAGACCGAGCCCGAGAACAAGACCACGGAGCCCACCUGGGUGCAUGACAUCUUCCAGGGCACAUUGACCAAUGAGACACGCUGCCUCAACUGUGAGACGGUCAGCAGCAAAGAUGAGGACUUUCUGGAUCUUUCUGUGGAUGUAGAGCAGAAUACAUCAAUAACACACUGUCUCAGGGACUUCAGUAACACAGAGACAUUGUGCAGUGAAUACAAAUACUACUGUGAGAUAUGCUGCAGCAAGCAGGAGGCCCAGAAACGCAUGCGUGUGAAGAAGCUGCCUAUGAUUCUGGCCCUGCACCUGAAGCGGUUUAAGUACAUGGAGCAGCUGCACCGAUACACCAAGCUGUCCUAUCGUGUCGUCUUCCCUCUGGAACUCCGCCUCUUCAACACCUCUGGAGACGCUGUCAACCUCGACCGCAUGUACGACCUGGUCGCUGUGGUCGUCCACUGUGGCAGUGGACCCAACAGAGGACACUACAUCACCAUAGUGAAGAGUCAUGGCUUCUGGCUGCUGUUUGAUGAUGACAUCGUGGAGAAAAUCGAUUCCCAGGCCAUCGAGGAGUUCUAUGGGCUGACGUCAGACAUCUCCAAGAACUCAGAGUCUGGAUACAUCCUCUUCUAUCAGUCCAGGGAGUAACUGGAAUAAACACCCAGCCAGAGAGAGAGCAGGAUUGGAACCCUGACCCCUACUGACCCCUCUUUGAGACGUGUGCCAACACCAUUCCCUGUCCCACCGCCUGCCCUGGGUCUACCGUCACUUCAUUUCCCAUAACCCCCUUCUCACCCUCCCUGCGUUCAGCAUGCUGGGAAGACUGUGUAAACUGCUUUUUGCCCUUCAGCCACCUGCAUCUGGACAGCACUUUAGAACAACAACAACAAAAACAAACAAACAGUCACAGCAAAAAGGAGCAGGAAACAAAAGUAAGUGGCUGGUGUGUGAUGCCUGUUUGUCUCCGCAUGGGGCCAGGUCUGGAGGUCUGAAGACCCACCAUGGGUCACUCUCUCCCUGGGUCUGCCUGGCAUACAGAGUUGGCUGGACUGGUACAGAUACAGACGGCUUUUGGAUAGAAGAUUGUAUCAUAUGUAUAUCUGUAUAGUAUGUCUAUUUUCAUGUAAUGUCACAAGUUCAUAAAUCCUUUUAGUAGAGUUAUCCCGUGACCUUAUAUUUACAAUGUCCAGCCCAUAGAUGUCUUCUACCUGGGGAAUGGCUAGAGCUGGGAUGGAAUGGAAGUUUUAGGGAGAGAUAUAAACUAGUUGAAAGAGGGUCUAUGCAUCUGAUGUCGCUGAACUGCAUGUUUCAGUGUUCACUGUUUGAGCUGGUGUGGAUUCAAGUUGACAUGAGUUGUGACCAAGCCAAACCUAUUCAUUGUAAUGCUGAGAUAUUGUAGUCUUGCAGAAGACCAGGAUGCAUCUCUGUCUACUGCUCCCAUCCUCUUCCAUAGAGACUGGCCAAGGCCUGAAUGCUCCUCUCCCUUGUGACCCUUAUGUAAUAUCCAUGUAAUAUCAAAUGUUAUGAUCCAGCCCCCACUCUAGAACAUAGUCACUCACUGACACAAACUACAUCUCUACUAGUCACUAGACUAGUUUGGUUUAGUGCAGUUCCAGUUUAUUCUCUGUCUACUCCCUGUUUUGUAAAACACUAUGUAUUGCUCUUAUUUAUUUAUGCUGGGGAGCUGUUAUAAUGUUGACUGUGCUGGUAGGUGGAGGAGAUUGUGUCUCAGGGCUUUACCCAUCCAGACUCAAUCUUGUCUUGUUUAUGUAACACCUCCCCCCUCACUGAGUCCGGUAGGUCAGUUUCCCGACUCCGGUCCUCGAGUACCCCCCAAACGGUACACAUUUUGGUUGUAUCCCCGGGCAAACAUACCUGAUUGAACUCAUCGAGGGCUUGAUGAUUAGUUGUCAAGUUGAAUCAGGUGUGCUUGUCCGGGGCUACAAUAAAAAGGUGUACUGUUGGGGGUACUGGAGGACCGGAGUUGGGAAACACUGGUGUAGGUAAUACACAUGCAGAGCUCUAUGGGGUUGACAACGUCUUUAUUAGCUUUACUUUGAAGUAUGUGGAUAGCUGGACUCUGUCGAAAGAACCACAUAAUCCACAGUUGUCAGGUAUCCAUGAAAAGGAGUGUUUCUCACAGUGAGAUUGGUGCAAUAGGAGGUCAAGUGAGCUGAUAAGAUGUUGACUUCCCUUUGAAGUCAAUAUAGAUGUUGAUAUUAAAUGUUGGUGUGUUUUGCUACCAGCUAGUCUCCUCCCAGUCGGUAGUGUGUAUCUGUGUGAGAUGAUCAAAGGAGGUGGAACUAUUUUGCUAGGUGCAAUAUGGGGCAGCGGUCAACAUAAUGUUGGUAUGAUGACUUAGAACCUUCCUGUUUAUUCUUCUGCAGCUACACCAUAGUCUGAAUAUGAAUAUUGGUCAUUCCUAUGUUGAAUUAUUGGUGUCUUUACAUGUGUUCUUCUAACACCUUGUUAUUUUGCGUAGUUGUUCCCCCCAUUGUUAGGUACUUGACUUGGAACCAAUGUUCUUUACUCAGAAGCUGUGCCUGGCAGACACUUACAUCAAGUUGUGUUAAGGUGACCAGUGGUCCAUAGAGACAGCUAGCUUACCAUUCCAUAAGGUUAGGACCAUGUACUGUAGACUAUAACCAUAUCAAAUGUCCAUAUAGAGGCAUAUGAAGAAGCAGUGCUGCUCACUGUCCUGUGGCACUCAAAUUCACUGUGAUACUGGAAGAAUACUGACUCAAAUGUAUCUCGCUAAUGUGAAAUAGAGAUGAUGUGAGUUAUGUGUGUGUUUCUGUUCCCUCUCCUUUUUAUGUGAGUCAGCAUAUUAUGAAAUGUGUGAGAGAGUGCAUAACUGCCUUUCUCCUUCUGUUAGUAUAAUUGGGUGAAGUCGAUUAUUAAUAUGUGCCAAACUGGAGUCUCUAGUGACCUUGCAAAACUAUGUUAUCUGCUAAGAUACAAGUGUACAUAUACAUUAUGUAUAAAAUACUGAUAAAAUAUAUAGGAAAUAUAUUUUUUAAAACCUAGGAGCACAAAAGAAAGAGGAGUUACUUGAAAAUAAAAACAAACCCUGUUUAGAAAUAUGAUGCUGCUUUACAAUCAACCAAUCAGUCAGUCAAUCACAUAAUCAACUAAUCACACAAUAGAUACACAACCGAUGAAUCACAAUCAGUCAGUCACAUUGGGGUUUUGUUCAUUACAGGCUUAACAGAACCAUGGUAGAUGAAGAGAACACUAGCCAGCACUGUUUGAGCCAUUUGAAAUGGGUUAUGAUGAGCAGAGAUACUGUGUGUGCUAAUCUUCCAAUUACUGUUCUGCACACACCCUUAUACUACCUUUAGACAGGCAGGCCAAUUCUGAUCUUUCUUCCACAAAUUGGUAUUUUGACCAAUCAUAUCAGCUCUUGUUCAGAGCUGAUCUGAUUGGUCAAAAUACCAAUUAUUUAAAAGAUAUAUAUCAGAAUUGGGCUGCCUGUCUAAACGCAGCCUAUAUCUCUCAAAAGCUCUCUCAUUGCACUCAUUGUGGUCCUAUCAGUCUAUAACAAGACUCCGGUUGGAAUCCGGUGUAGUGCCUAGAGAUGAAGAAGUACUGUUAUAGCAUGUUUGGUUUGAUACAGUGAGGGAAAAAAGUAUUUGAUCCCCUGCUGAUUUUGUACGUUUGCCCACUGACAAAGAAAUGAUCAGUCUAUAAUUUUAAUGGUAGGUUUA